CCGAAUGGCAAUUUCCCCAUGCUGGAGUUGCUUGAUAAGCUUUUGGCUAAUGGGAUCUGCUACGGUUCCGGAGUUUCACGGAGAUCAAGCCCAUUCCGUACCAUAUAUCUAUCAGACGACGAUAUUCCUACGACUCUCAACGAGAUGUCAGUUUGAACAUGAGCCAUAGAUUCCACCACCGUUUCGCUCAUUGAGAGGCUCGCGGCCAAAAGAAGCUCAAUCUUUCCGUCCGCAUGCGGAUGCCGAGGCCUCGACGUGAGGAAAACGCAUCAUUCUAUCCUCCGAUCACGCCAUCAAGGGGCGAAACAUCUCCACGAAUGGAUGAUUCAUUACCCUCCCGGAGUCGAGGACUGUGCCGUUGCUGCCUGUGCACACUGGUUUAUCAGAUGCGAGAAUGCCAACUUCCUCCAAUGACCAGUAAGGAGUACUCUAUGUCUUACCUCGUCCUUGACCCCUUUAUCUGGGCGAUCACGCUCAUCAGGGAGCCGGGCUGAAACGGAGUCCGUUCCAUCCGACACAAUUGACCACGUAGUCUGGUCUGCGAUAAUGUAUCGGUGAGAC